AUGUGUUUAAAAACUCGCUAUCCGUGCGACUGUUUGAACAGUGGCAAACCCUGUGAAUGCAGGAUGACGGCCAAAGACAGGGAGACGGAGGAGGCCCACCUGUCCAACAACCUCGAUGUACCCAGUCAAGUGGAGAGCACAUGCGAACCUGAGCUGAAUAGUCCUUCCUUUGAAGGCGUGAGGGAGCGGGGUCGAAACUGGGGAUGGAUGCUGUCUGAGAUCAUUUGCGUAAACAUUUUGAUCCUGGGCUGUGCCUUGGUCAGCGGCAGUGCCUACAACACUGUGAAAAUCAGCAGCUCUGACCUGCAGGUUUUCCUCAUCAUCCUUCUCCUCCUCACCGCCAUCUGGAUGCUUUAUUAUGUCAUCUACACGGCCAGGAAAGAACAUGCAGUUGUUUACAAGGAUGCACAUGCUGGACCUGUAUGGCUCAGGGCGGGACUUGUGCUAUUUGGACUGCUCAGUAUCAUCAUGGACAUUUUCAAGAUUGCCAGCUAUGUGGGCUACCUCCACUGCGAUUCUGCUGUUAAAGUUGCAUUCCCUGUGGUGCAACUUGUCUUUGUAAUUGUGCAGACAUAUUUUUUGUGGAUCCACGCUAAGGACUGUGUGCAGCUCCAAAGGAACAUUACACGCUGUGGACUGAUGCUCACCCUCUCCACAAAUCUAGUUGUGUGGAUGACUGCAGUCACUGAAGAGUCCCUUCACCAAACAAUAGUUCCUGAUCAUCCAAGCAACGACACUAAACUCUCUGGACGAAGCCUGUACAUCAGUAAAGCGGGUUAUGGCGAUGAUAAGUGCAAGUGCAGCCACACUUCAUGCAGCAUCUUCAAGGAGGCCUACUACUACUUGUACCCCUUCAACAUCGAGUUCAGUCUCUUUGCCUCCGCCAUGGCCUACGUCAUGUGGAAAAAUGUGGGCAGAGUAGCAGAAGAACACGGACACCACAAAAUCAAAUUCCGUCUGACGGAUGUAUUCCUUGGUCCUGUGGCGGGAGUUCUCUUAGUGGUGGCGGGUCUGGCAACCUUUAUCGUAUACGAGAUGGAAAUGGUUAAGCAUGAGAGAGAUGACGACAAGCAAGACCAAGCUUUGAUGAUGCACUUUGUCGUUAAUAUAGUGAUAGUGACCCUGAUGUCUCUUUCCACUGUGAUCGGCUGUGCCAUCUACAAGGUGGACCACAGGGAGCACGUAUCAGACAAAAACCCCACACGCAACCUGGAUGUGGGGCUGCUGGUGGGAGCCUCACUAGGGCAGUUCAUCAUCAGCUAUUUCACCAUCGUAGCCAUGGCGGCAACCGGAGCCAAAGGCCACCUGAACAGGCUCAACUUGGCCUGGUCUAUACUGAUGGUGAUCCAACUGGGCCUGCAGAACUUUUUCAUCAUCGAAGGUCUACAUCGGGAGCCCUUCCAUGAGGUGCAGCCUAUCACUGUGGUCGCAAAUCCCUACGUGCUGCAGCCGGGCAAAGAGCUGAGCAUCCUUGAAGGAUCAGACAUAGAAGCAAAGUCCAGCCCGGUGCUCACAGCACACAGCCUGCACGGCCACACAGCCGAGCACAGGCCCAAACUGUUAUGGAAGAGACGGGUGUUGAAGGAAGUCUGUGUGUUUCUGCUGCUGGGCAACGUCAUACUGUGGAUCAUGCCGGCAUUUGGUGCUCGUCCCCAGUUUGACCACGACACUGAAACCGAAUUCUACCAAUUCAACAUGUGGGCUGCUGUUGUGAAUGUUGGACUUCCGUUUGGCAUCUUUUACCGCAUGCAUUCGGUCGCCAGUCUGUUUGAAGUUUUUAUGACGUCAUAA